AUAGAUGGAGCAAUCCUCCCUACUUCUGAAGAAACAGCUGGCAGACAUGCGCAGAGUUCCAGUCGACGGAUUCUCGGCAGGUCUCGUCGAUGACAAUGACAUCUACAAAUGGGAAGUCCUGGUGAUCGGACCACCAGAUACUCUCUACGAGGGAGGUUUCUUCAAGGCUAUUCUCGACUUUCCAAGGGAUUACCCACAAAAACCACCAAAGAUGAAGUUCAUUUCGGAAAUUUGGCAUCCAAACAUUGACAAGGAAGGUAACGUGUGCAUCUCGAUUCUUCACGAUCCCGGAGAUGAUAAGUGGGGUUACGAACGUCCGGAAGAGCGUUGGCUGCCUGUGCAUACUGUCGAGACGAUCCUUCUUUCUGUCAUCUCAAUGCUCACGGAUCCUAACUUUGAAUCUCCUGCAAACGUUGAUGCAGCGAAAAUGCAACGUGAAAACUACGCCGAGUUCAAAAAGAAAGUUGCUCAAUGUGUUCGCAGAAGUCAAGAAGAAUGAUUUGAACAUUGCAUCAACAGAGAAGAAGCAUUAAUUUAACUCGUCGUUCAUAUGAAACUAUCCACUUUGAUCUUCUUUUUCUUACUCAUUCACCCCAUUUUUUGACACCACGUGUUUCUAAUUUCUUUCCUCAUAAGCGUUGGACUCGUUACUUUUUAUUCCCCUUAACAUUUUUUUGAACGCAAAACCUGUGAAUUUGCUUCGUAAUUUUUUUUUGUCUAGUGGUGGUGCUCUUUUCCUUUUGUUAACAUCCAAACUAUAGUUACAACUAUGCAACUCGUUUUUUUUCUGAGAGCGGUACCACAUGUUUAUUUGUUUGGUAUGAAUUCACAAUCCUCGUGAUGCUACUUCUUAUCUUUUAUGAGAAAAUAAAAUUUU